AUGGCACGAGCUAAUUACCUCAUUGCUGCUCUAUCAAUCCACAUAAUUUGGCUGCUAUUUCUUAGCAAACCAUGCAGUGCUCUGGCACCUAAAACGUCUCGAUCUUUUUCCUCCGUUCUCAUAUUCGGUGAUUCUACGGUUGAUACUGGGAAUAACAACUUCAUCCCCACUAUUUUCAAGGCUAAUUACUGGCCAUACGGAAAAGACUUCCCUGGUCAUGUUGCCACUGGAAGGUUCAGUGAUGGAAAACUCAUUCCUGACAUGGUGGCAUCUAAGUUGGGGAUAAAGGAGCUUGUUCCUCCAUUUCUGGAUCCUGAACUAUCGGAUGAUGAUGUGAAAACAGGGGUCAGUUUUGCAUCCGCCGGGACGGGAGUCGAUGACCUGACAGCUGCUAUAUCUAAAGUCAUUCCUGCGAUGAAACAGAUUGAUAUGUUCAAGAAUUACAUUCAAAGGCUUCAAAGAAUUGUGGGUGUGGAUGAAAGUAAGAGGAUUAUUGGCAGUGCUUUGGCUGUCAUUAGUGUAGGAACCAAUGACUUAACCUUCAAUUUCUACGAUAUCCCAACCAGGCAAUUGCAAUACAAUAUUAGCGGUUACCAAGAAUUUCUACAGAAUAGGCUACAAAGCUUGAUCAAGGAAAUUUACCAGCUUGGAUGUCGCACUAUAGUGGUUGCUGGCCUCCCUCCAAUUGGUUGUCUUCCCAUUCAAGAGACCAUAUCAUCCCCGAUUCCUCUAAAUCGAAGAUGUUUGGAAUAUCAAAACAAAGAUGCCGAAGCCUACAAUCAGAAACUUUCGAAGUUGUUAGGUAGUUUACAACCACAACUCCCAGGAAGUCAAAUUUUGUAUGCUGACAUUUACACUCCUCUCAUGGACAUGAUCAAUAAUCCUCAAAAAUAUGGUUUUGAGCAGACGAACAUCGGUUGCUGUGGAACUGGAUUGGUUGAAGCAGGACCUCUAUGUAAUAAAAUAACUCCAACGUGUGAAGACCCAUCAAAAUUUAUGUUUUGGGAUAGCAUACAUCCGAGUGAAGCAACCUACAAGUUUGUCACAGAGUCGCUUCUCAAUCAAUUUUUCGAUAGGUUGAAUUGAAUUGGAUCAAGUGAAGGAUUUUGAGCUCAGUUUUUGCCUCUGAAGGCUUAA